AUGAUAAAAUCUCAACAAUAUUUGUGGAGGAAGAGUAGAACCCGUGGUGGUCAUCUCCAUCUAUAUGAUCACAUUUUCAUCCAAUGUACUCUUCCACCAACACGAUCAUUCAGUCUGACUAAAUGUCGAUGCAAAACAGCGAAUAUCAAUGCACGAAAUUAUUACGAUCUGUUGGGCGUCGAACAGACUGCAACGCAAAAAGAAAUUCGAAAAGCUUUUGUAAAAUUGUCGAAAGAGUAUCAUCCGGACGCCAAUUCAGCAGAUAAAUCUCUACACGAUAAAUUUGUCAAAAUCAAUGAAGCAUUCAGUGUUCUGAGUAAACCGUCAGCAAGGAAAACUUACGAUCAAAAUCUUAAUUACCCACAUCAAUCUGCUAGUCGAGGAUACUCAGCACCUCCAACAGCACGCCAACAAGCAUCAACCGGUUCUCCAUUCGAAUGGACAGCACGAAAUUCCAACAAUCGAGGAGCCUAUGCUCGUCGACCGACUUCCAAUGAGUUUGACUGGGGAACACCACAUUUUGAUAAAACGUUCUAUGAUAUGCUUCGUCGGCAAAUGGAACAAGAUCAAAAACGUCGCCGAAGCUAUUCGUAUAAUCCACCACCGGGAUACGGAAUGAUCAAUACUUACUUGGCCCCAUUUACGAUUAUCACAGUUCUCCUUGCUUUUGGUAUUUUGAUACAUGUCCUCCAAGGACGAAUGGCGAACUUUUCUGACCCCAAUUAUGUUGUAGAUCCACGAAGUCGGAGUUAUCAUGCUUACCGUGAAUGGCAACGAUUGAGUGCACUCAAAAAUGCUGAAUCAAUGCCUCUACGUACCGGGUCAACAAAGCGUGAUAAUGAAGACGAAUGA